CUGUAUCUUCAAGCACGGCGACGAAUUGGCUUCCAAAUCAACAACGACAUUGAGGAGAUAAUCGCCAGCCCAGCAAAGGAUUGUGAGGGUGAAUAAAACGCCGAGGAACGCGAGCUUUAGAGAAAGGAGCUUUGCGACAGCUGCGCAGUUGAAUGCGACCGAAUUCACUUGCCUCGAACCCGACCCUCAAAGGACGCCCCUCGAUGAUUUGAGCUUCGGAAAUUAUCAUCUUAGCAAAGAGGAUCUUUCAAUCCAGACAACGAGGUAGUCUUGAUAUCUAUUUUCGACCCAUACACUUGACUUCACCACACGCGGAAAAUGACCGAACAAAAGCUUGUCUGGAAUCCAGACAACGUCCGCGACGUCGCAGAAUCGGUCGGCAUAUCAUCACUUAACGAAGAUGCCGUCCGAACUCUCUCACAAGAAGUCGAAUACAGAGUCGGGCAGGUCAUCGUGGAGGCUAUGCGAUUUAUGCAUGCGGGGAAGAGGACGGUCCUAGGUACACAAGAUAUCUCGCAGGCGCUGAAAGUGCUGGACGUGGAGCCGCUUUACGGUUACGAAUCUACAAGACCGCUGAGGUUUGGAGAGGCUUCCCUUGGACCUGGACAACCGCUUUUCUAUAUCGAGGAUGAGGAGGUAGACUUUGAGAAGUUGAUCAAUGCGCCGUUGCCAAAAGUCCCAAGGGAUGUCUCUUUUACUGCACAUUGGUUAGCAGUCGAAGGUGUUCAACCUUCAAUACCACAGAAUCCUACGACAGCAGAAGCUCGAGCCAAUGAGUUGGUACCGAAAGGACCUGGCGCGAACCCCGCGCUGGGAGCCGUGGCUGGGAACGAUAAUUCCGCUUUCAAGCCUGCGGUCAAGCACGUUGUUUCAAGAGAAUUGAUCCUCUUCUUCGACAAGAUCAAGACGGCACUUCUCGACGAUAGUCCCGAGCAAGAAGUUGUCAUAUUACGGAAAUCUGCAUUAGAAAGCGUUCGAUCAGAUCCUGGCUUGCAUCAACUCGUACCAUACUUCGUACAAUUUGUCGCCGAGAAGGUCACCCACUCGACAGGCAAUCUCUUCGUUCUCCAACAGAUGAUGGAACUUACCCAAGCCAUGAUCGAGAACAAAUCACUGUUCGUCGACCCAUACGUCGCAGCCCUAGUCCCCCCAAUCAUCACCUGCAUCAUCGGUCGCAACCUUGGCGGCGAUGGCCCUGUCACUCUGAAAGAACAGUACCAACUGCGCGAUCUAGCUGUGUCACUCAUUGGACACAUCAGCGGCAAGUUCUCCAAUUCGAGCGCAGAGCUUCAAGCACGUCUUGCCCGAACCUUCCUCAAGAACUUCCUUGAUCCUUCACGGACAUUGGAUAUGCAUUACGGAGCUAUCAACGGCAUCACCACGAUCGGUGGCCCAACCGCCAUCUCAGCACUAGUGCUCCCUAACCUCAAAGCCUACGAAUACGUCCUGGUCAAAGCACAGAAUGAAUUUGGUGCUACAGAUGACAGGGUCAUCAUGUUGAUCGCUGCUAUCAUGAAAGGCGUAUUGAGUCUGGUUGAUAACACGGCAUCGCCAACACCGGCUACGAAUGGCACCAAUGGUAAUGCGGCGGAGGACCAGCUGAUUGAGGAUUAUUUGGGCACGAUUAUUGGGAGCAGAGUUGUAUCGAUUGGAAAUCACAAAUUGAACGAGGCUAUUCUGAAGUCUAGGGAGUUGGCAUAGUAUGCAGGGGAACUGGAAAAGAAAUGGUGCAUUUAUGGCGCUGGGGCGUUUCAAGAGAGAUUUGGGUUGCCCCUGGGGCUGGAUCAACGCAUCUUGAGGGAAGCGAAAAUGUGGUAAUAUUAGUAUGUAUGAAAUGAAAAGAGGUUUCUCACAGCCGGAGCGUCGACAAAUCGGGAUAAAGCGCGACUUGGUUGAUUGCUCAAUGUUUUAAUAAGUAAUGGAAAUACACGAGGUCAUGGACUACUGCUGGCACACUUCCUCCCAUGGAUGGGUAUUAGUCUUGACUACAUUCCGCACCAAGUAGUCAUCGAGAGCUUUGUUCACCGCAACCGGAUCUAGACCUUGCACAACCGUGUAGUUGCUCGGGCGAAUCUUCCCACCUUUAAGCCAGGCAGGGAGCUCCUUCCAGAAUCCAAUCGUCACUUCCGGAUGUCCUGGUGAGACUCCCAGCACGAGUCUACGCUCGUACCCUGCCGUCUUUAUGCCAAUACGAUCAGGUCCGAAGUCACCUUCAGGUCGACGAAGGGUGAUAAGUGUCCCUCUUUUCGAAUUUGAGAGUGCAGCAAUUCCGAAGUGUUGAUUAUGACCAGUAUUCACUGUGUCAACUGCGUAUACUAAGUCAUCCCCUACGAUGGCGCGGACCUGUUCCAAAGCAUUGGUGGCAUGUCGGUCUAUCACGUGUGUUGCUCCUCGAGCUUCAAGCUGGUCCUUAUUUUGACUCCCUGCAACUGCAAUAAUUCGUCCAAAUCCUGCCAAUUUUGCAAUUUCAAUUGUGGCCUUCCCAGUGUUGGAGCCACCACCAAUGACUAGAAUCGUAGCGGAUGGGAAGUCGAAAGAACUUGCGUCUGGGGAGAAUGGCGGAGGAAGAUUGAGACCGGACUUGGAAAAAAGAGCAAUGAAUCCAGCCAAUACGAUGACUGGUAUCGUUGAUGCUUCAUCAUCCGUCAAACCGGUAUCUGAAACUUUGGCAACAAAUCGCGCGUCCGCAAGAGCGUAUUGCUGAAGAGCACCAAAGUCACUGGCAUCACCUUCAUUGACGAAUGUAUGUCCGAAGACAUGAUCGCCCACGAUGAAUCUAGUUGAAUGCUCUCCUUCACCAAUUGCAAUAACUUCCCCAACUAGGUCACUGGCGAGUACAUAUGGAUAAGUUGUAACAAAAAGACCUGCGUCGCGAGUUCUCUGAUCGUGGGGGUUUACUAAUUGAGAAAACCUGUUAAUCAUGUAAUUCCAUUUGAAUAGUCGUAAACUUACGUCCAGCUACUAGAACUUUGACCAAUAAUUGAUUUGGGCCUGGUCGAGGGAUCAGACGAUCACCUAGAAUUAAAGGUGCGCCCAACUCGCGAACAAUUAGAGCUUUUUGCGACAUCGUAGUGUGUGGAUGUAAGAGGAAACAAGAGCUAAUGAUGAUUGCUGCAAUGAGAUAGAGGUUCAUAGGCUUAAGGACAAGUCUAAGAUUUAGAGCAUGGAGGCUUCGUAUUUAAGUAAGUCUACAUGUCCUACAUUUUGGGGAGUAUGAAUACAUAAUAGCAGUUGCACUGGAAGCGAAGUUCUGGUCUCAUGGAGUGGACUACGCGAAGAGAUUAUUAAUCACUUACCAAUCCACUGAACUACAUCAGAUCAGUAAUCCGUUAGGCUCAGAUCUUUUAUUGCAUCUGUCUGUCGAUAUUUGCUCGUUAAUGAUCAGAAAUC